CGAUCGUCAAUCAGUAUACCAUACUAUCAGCUCGCCAACAUGCACUUCAACAUUGGUUCAUCCUCCUCUGCAUCCUCAUCUAAGAUCGAGGUCCCCUCGCUGCCCGCCGACCAUCCACCCGUCCCAUCCUCUUCUCGUCGCCCUCCGCCAUCAUGCCCUAUGCACUCUGAACCUUCUUCCGCUGCUCCCGCCAACUUUUUGACCGGUCAAGCCAGAGCUACGGGUGCCAAAUGUCCAGUCCAACACGAUACCAAAGCUAGUCUGAACCCGCUCAACUCGAUCCCUCUGAACCUCUCAACUGCCCGUCAACCGGGACAGAAGAUGGCUCUUCCGACCGAUAGGGAAGCCUCAACUAUUCCUCGUCCGCAGUCUAACGAAGAUGGAGGUGACGCCUUCGGCGGAAUCGGAGGAGCAACAAACGAGGAGAGUACCGUCUGGGAGUACCCUUCACCCCAGCAAUUUUACAACGCCCUCGUGAGAAAGGGCUGGGAAACCCCUGAAGAGAGUAUCGAGAUGGUAGUGGCGAUCCACAACUUUUUGAAUGAAGAAGCUUGGCAAGAGGUCAUGAAGUGGGAGAAGAGAUUUCCAGGUGGUGAGCAAGCAAAAUUGGAGCGAUUCCAAGGUAGACCUGGAGAACUAUCACCCAAAGCUCAGCUUCACUUGUGGGCUGGCAAAAUCUUCCCGUCAAAGUUCAAUACCGAGCCGCCGUUCGAUCGACAUGAUUGGAUAGUCACUCGACCGGCGGUCCCGACCUCACCUAACGACAAGAACACCCCCCCAAAACUCAUCACUACACGUUAUGUCAUUGACUAUUACUCUGCUCCCCCGGACGAAGAGGGCAACCCCGUGUUCUCACUGGACGUCAGACCCGCACUGGAUAAUCUCGAAAGUAUCAACCAGCGCAUACGGGUGGGCCUUGAGGAGUGGAGGAAGGGCGAGGCGGCAUAGUUGUACGGUUGCAUCUCACUGCUCAAAUGUAUCUCAUUCGCGGC